AUGUUGGGGAUUUAUUUAUCAGUUUUUUUAAUUCAAUUUGUUGGAUUUUUACAUUCAGCAUUUUUAAUAAAAUCAAAAAGAUAUUAUGAUGUUUUUGGAUGUGGAACAUUUGUUUUAGUUGGAUUAUUAUCACUUGUCAAAAACUAUUAUUAUGAAAUUGAACAUAUUGGAGAGAGUGGAUAUGUUUAUGGGUUAAGACGUGCAUUAAUUGUAUCAAUUUUCAUUAUUGUAUGGUCAAGUAGGUUAGUAAUUUUUCUCAACGAUAGAAUUAAAAGAAAUAAAAAAGAUAAACGUUUUGAUAAAGUUAGAAAUAACCCAAAAAAAUUUUUCAUCUAUUGGUUCAUGCAAUCAUUAUGGAUUAAUUUUACAAUCACUCCUUUAUUAUUAGUUACUCAUCAACAUUUUUCAAUUUCUUUAAGUUUAAUAGAUUAUAUAUUAAUUUUAUUAUGGAGUACAUUUUUUACAAUUGAAGCUGUUGCAGAUGGACAAAAAACACUAUUUUUAGGUAAACCAGAGAAUAAAGGUAAAUUUAUUAACCAAGGAUUAUGGAAGAGACUUUGUCGUCAUCCAAAUUAUUUCUCUGAAAUAAUGAUGCAUUGGAUAAUUUAUUUCAUUUGUUUUAGAGGAUUGGAUUCUUAUUGGUAUAAGUUUAUUUCUUUGAUUUCUCCUUUAUUUAUAAGUUUUUUAAUGUUAAAAAUUUCAACUCCAAUGAUGGAAAAAAUAUCAGAUGAAAAAUUUUCUGGAAAUCCUCAAUACCAAGAAUAUAAAAAAUCAACAUAUAAAAUUAUACCAUUCAUAAAUUAA